GGUAGAUCUGGAAAUAUCACUAGAUAAGCGUGUUCAAGGCACGCAUGACGUACGCGAUAUUGUAUAGUUCCAAAACAAGAAUAAUCUGCGUGUUCUUUAGAAAUCUUUAGCCUCGGAUUUGGAGUUUUGAGAAUUGAAAAAUUCCGGAUAAUCUCGGAAGUGCAAGGAGCUUUAUAGACGGUUAUGAAAGAGUAGUCGUACGAUGGAACUGUGAUCUUUUGGGGUAUGCGUGCCGCGGUCAACCUGCCAUGAUAGGUCAGAACGCGUCUUCUCCUCACGGCGAAAAAGUCUGAGAUUAUUGCCGAAAUGCGAGAAUUCUGCUAUAGGGAGCGGUUCUUUACGUCAAGACCUGGGAACUUGACCCUGUGAUAGGAUUAAUUUGUCCUCAGCAAAACACCACUGUUUCCUCACGAUACACCUGUUUCCUUCAUCAUUUUCCCAAUAACUGCAUUCCUUCUUUGACGUUUGAAUUAUUUAUAAUUCCUUGUCACAAUGAUAGCAUUUAUAAAUCAGUAUUAUAAAGUGGACUGAACUUUGAAUAGUGAACAUUUACAUAUAACAUUUUGAUAUUUUAUCUAAAUUAUGGAUAGAAAUGGACUGGAUGGAUCGGCUUUAAAACAUUUUAUAUCAAUACUGCUCUUGGUGUUACGAUUUGAGAGAUGCAGAUUAUAUUUAUUAUGUUUGUAUUCUGCCAUUGUCAAGAGAAUUAAUGCUUGAGAGCAAGGGUCGCAUAAUGGUGGUGGAUUGCCUAUCAAUUCAGGGCUCAGCAGCUGCAGCUAGAAAGCAGGAGCGGAGAUUGGGUGGCUCUGUAGGUACAAAAAUGCAGCCCAAUAUGGUUGGUGGUGGAGGUGGCAUGACCCCCAAAGAACUUUCUGAUAAUGAUGAUCUAGCUACUUCUCUUGUACUAGAUCCUUAUUUGGGUUUUACGACACACAAAAUGAACAUCAGAUACAGACCACUCAAAGCUAACAAAGAUGAGCUCCGUAAAAUCAUCACAGAGUUCAUUCAAACGCAAAACUAUGAAAAAGCUUACAAAAAAUUAAUGGGUGGUGAUUGGGGUGCACGCUUACCCCAUACAAAAUCUAAGCAACAGCAAAUAAAUCUCGAAAAACAUAUUUAUCGGUAUUUGAGGGUAUUCGACAAGGAUUCUGGAUUUGCAAUCGAGCCUUGCUAUAGAUAUUCUCUGGAGGGUCAAAAAGGUGCAAAAAUCUGUGCAACACGUAAAUGGCUGAAGCAUGACAAAAUAUCCUGUCUCGUUGGCUGUAUAGCAGAGCUGUCUGAGAAGGAAGAAGCUGCUCUACUACAUCCUGGGAAGAAUGAUUUUUCUGUAAUGUUCAGUUGUCGGAAGAAUUGCGCUCAACUAUGGUUGGGACCCGCUGCAUAUAUUAAUCAUGAUUGUCGAGCCAAUUGCAAGUUUGUUGCGACUGGCCGAGACACAGCUUGCGUUAAGGUUUUGCGUGACAUUGAAGCAGGUGAAGAGAUAACUUGUUUUUAUGGUGAAGAUUUCUUUGGUGAUGGUAAUUGUUACUGCGAAUGUGAAACUUGCGAAAGACGUGGAAUGGGAGCUUUUGCUAAUCAAAAACCAGGGGAAGAACUUUCCUCGGGUAGGUAUAAGGAAAGAUAUCGUCUGAGAGAAACAGAUAAUCGUAUAAAUCGAACAAAGCACAGACAGCAGCCUCUGAAUGGCGCUAAACAGCAGACAGAUGGAACUCUCACUGAGAAGAAUGCAUUUCUCGUUGGCAAUGCUGCGGUGGCGCCACAAUCUCUUAGCAUGAAAGAGUUACGAAGAAAGGGACUAACCAAAUACGAUGCUGAGUUAUUAAUAGCUCAGGGUUGUAGAUUUUCCGAUAUUGCUCAGCAACAACCUGCUAUAGUAAACAACAGUGAAACUUCACAAACAAGACCCCACGUAUCGUCAGUUUCCACAACCAGAAACCUCAGGAAUAAACAGCAGCAGCAUCCUGCAAAGACUGAAAAUAACAACAACAAUAGUCUUAAAAAUAAUCAAAGUCUGAGGGCUUCAAGGCUACAAAAAAGAACAGAAACCAAAAGAAAUCGUGCAACUGAGGAUGACAGAUCUUCACGUUCCAACAGCUCAACUACAAAUAAUAGAGAAGAAGUUGAAAUUGGUCAUAGAAAAGAAGAUUCUGAUAGAGUGGCGACAGGCGAGUCAGAAGGUUUCUCUGGUUCGCCAAAGGAAGAGUGCCAGGAUGAUUUGGACAAAGAUGCCUUCAGUGAUAAUUGCAGACUCGACAUUUCUCAUGGGAAUGGAACUAAUAAUUUUACUGACUUGGACCACCGACUUUGUACCAGUUUCGAAAAGGAAUGUCCAGAGAAAAUAUCAAGAUGUCAAACAGCAGAGAACCUUAUGACAAUGGAAACUGAAGAGACUUCCGUGGAGGACCAGUUUCUUCAACAACACACGAUUCACGUACAAACCAACAAAAAGGAUCCUUUGAAAAACUCCACCUUUGGACGAGCUCACUUAUCAAAUACAAAUGCCUGUGGUACCAAUCGCUCGAAUCCGGUUUCUCAUGUAACCGAGCAUCAUUCAAAAUUUGACUCCCAUGUUGCUUUGUUAAAAUUGGAAUCAGGUUUGCGCGAGUCGAUGAAUUCCUCUAAGACAUCUCUUAGGACUAAUUGUGCAAGUAAAAAUGAUCAAGAGGAUAGAGACAAUGCUAACAUGCCUGUGGAGUUGGCAAUGUCGGGCGAUUCCGUUGGGGGUUAUACGGAAUCUCACAAAGUGCUUUCAAUCUCCAAGGAAAAUAGCUCUACAGCUUAUAGAAAUGGUCAAAGACGAGUGGAUAAUGAUCAUCGGAGUUCUUCGAUUAAAGACAAAGAUGUCGAGGAAUAUAGUUUCAAUGGACUUGAUCUCGAUGAAACUGAUAUUACGCUUCACGCAGUAAAUGAAAGGAAUGGUCAAUUUCAUGGGUUAAACAUUUCAAAAAAUAUACCUCAAGAAUCUAAACAGUCUUUGCCGAAGGAAUUUCAUAGAAAAUGUGAAAAGUCCACUGAUGCAACGGAUUUUUCAGAUAAUGAUGAAUUCAAUAGAAUUAAUGCAGCAACUGUGGAGUGUUUGCGUGGGAAGAAUCAUGAAUUCGAUCUGAGAUCCGGCGAUGUUAAAAAAGAACGUAGCAAUGAGAUUCAGAGUGAGAAUACCAUUCUUCCCAGAAAGGAAGUUCAGGUAAUGAGUCUGAAAGACCGUGACGAAUCCAGGUCGCAUAAAUACGACAAUCCUGAUGCACAUUCACCUAACCUCGAUUUUGAUGAGACUCUUAGCAAGAAAGAAAAUCAGGAUGAAGAUUCACUGGAGCAGAGUGAAAACUCUGACGAAACUGGUAACGUAAAGUCUGAUAAGAAUCGUCAUUUCAUCUUGAAAAGAUCCUCGCAAAGACGAAAUGAAACGUCGGACAAAAGUUUGCGUUCGCGUAGAAACCACAAGCGAUUGAGACAACGUUCUUUAAAGUCUAGGUCGGAGAAAGAUGACGUAGAAGGUCAAGAAAAUAUAAAAGAUGGUACAUCGGUAUCGUCUUCAUCAUCGAGAGGUCGUGGCAAAGCAAAAGCAAAUGGCCGACUGACGAGAAGUCAGAGAAGGGAUAGAGAGACGACAGUAGCGGCACCCGUGGUGGGAGUAGCAGAUGAUGAUUCUGGAAUUCAAGGUGAUAUUUAUGAGUUCAGUGAAAAAGAAAGUAACCUGGAGGAUCUGAGUACCACAACGAUAAGGCGCAGCAAACACGAGGAUAGACAAUGUUCUCAAGUGACAUCACGCCUGGAAGAUAAUCGGUAUAACGAAGAAUCAAGGAAAACACAACCUCCUGUUCUUUUACCUCAAGAGCCAUGGCCUCCAAAUGAAAAGCGACAGAUUCAGUCAGUCGAUUCUGACGGAAGCUGUCUAUCCAGAGACAACUUCGCUGAAAUCAAUGCAAGUCGCACCAGGCUUGAAGAUAGUGGAAAUUCAAAAAAAGCUCCACCAUUGCCAGAUUGUCAAUGGCGAGCGAAUCCAACGGAUUGUCGAGUUUGUCCAGCUACACCAGAGAGAACUGGUGGCAGAUUGAAGCUCACACUGCGAAUGAAACGCUCGCCAGUCCUGGACGACGUAAUCGAAUCGGGUACCAGCCUCAGCGAGGACAGUUAUGAACCUGAAUACGAAGUUUUGAGAGUCGAAGGUGUAGAUGACGCUAGACGACGGAAAAAGCACAAAACCAGAGACAGAGAAAGGCGGCAUAAGAAACGUGAAUUGAACCUGGAUCCUCCGCCGCCGCCGAUGAAGAGGUUACGUCUGAUAUUCGGCAACGAGACACACACCAUAGAUCUACCGCAUUCUUAACGGAUAGAAUUCGGUAAUUAUAGCAUAUUAAUGUUGACUAUCGCAACUAUGAAGUAUAAUUCGAAGUUUUUAAAUCGUAAGGAGUCUGUGUCCAAGAGUUCGAGCAUAAAGUUUUAACUCUCCUUUCGUCACAUUCAUCUUCUCAAGUAGGCUCUUCUCAUCCCACGCUAUCCCUUUAUUUAUCUACCCUUAUUAGAUAACUUAACAAUUUUCCCGUUAAAUCUUAUUCGCUUAUUGUUUCAUCCUAGAGACAAUCGUUCAAACGUCCUUAUCAUCAUUAUCAAUUGAUUAUCCCAGGUUGGAAUUAAUACUUUUUCUUUUCCUUCGGCCUUAUCCUCACAUGAGAAUAUGUGCCAAGGAGUUAGAAUUUGUGACCUCCUUGGUGCGGGUCAUGAACUAUUUACAGAGUUGAAAUGAGUGUUCAAUGGUUCAUGCGUGUGUGAGCUAAUACGACGAAGUGGGGGGUCAGAUCCCAAGAGAGGCAAAAGUUCAAUCGUCAUUACGAAUAAUCAAUGAUCCUCCAAAGAAAACAAAUCUUCGCUGUUACCUAAAUUCAAAUUUUGCCAAUCUCAAUCGACGGCUGCCCCCCC